CAUGAAUUCUGUAAAGGAAAAGAAGCAAGAUAAUACCAAUGUAUUUAGCAAAAUGGAUAACGAUAUGAAAAAUCCUUGCAUUCUGGAACAUAGAUUAGCCUUAAGAUGUCUUGACGAAAGAGGAUAUAACAAGGAUCAAUGUGGAAUUUUUUUUACUAAUUAUAAGAAUUGCAAGACUUUUUGGGAUCGAAUUGUAAAGGAUCGUAAAAGAAAAGGUAUUAAGCCGUACCUUCCUCCUCCAACUGAAAGACAGACUAUUAAGGAUUCUCAUGAACAGAAAGCAAAAGUUGAUUCUGGAAAAUAG